GCUGCUAGUACCAGGAAAGUGACCUGUUCUGCUCAAUCUCCAGCUUACUCUGCAAACAGCCUUUGCCCUCAGAACUAAAAACUAACUGACAACAAUUGAGAAUGCCAGCUAUGGGAGCACUUGGAGUUUUUAUUGUCACCUUCCUUUUCCUUGGAGAAUCAGCGUCAAGAGACAUUUUUGAUCUUUCUGAUGCUCUUGAUGGAGAUACCACAACAGUUUCCCCAAGAAAGCCAGAAAAUCAGGAGUGUCCAAAUGUUGCCCGAGACAUUGUGUUAUUGAUUGAUGGGUCUAGCAGUGUUCGAAAUUCGGAAUUUCUCUCACAAAAGUUAUUUGUUGCACUCUUCAGUAAAACUUUUCCUGACAAUACUCUGUUCUCCCUCCUGCAGUUCUCCAACAAAUUUCAGGAGCAUUUUGACUUUAGAACUUUCCAAAAUGACCGAAACCUAAACAACAUCCUACACGAAGCCCGUCAGCUGCAGGGCUCUUCCUACACAGCCACUGCCAUCAAGAAAGCUGUGGAACAGUUCACUCCACAGAAAGGCGCUCGCAGCAAUGCCCAGAGGUUCCUGGUGAUUGUGACUGAUGGAGAGAAAACUGGGGAUCCCUUGAACUAUCCAGAGGUUAUUCAGGAGGCUAACAGAGCUGGAAUCACACGCUUUGCUGUUGGGGUUGGUACAAUGGUGGCAAGCAGAGUGUUCCAGAGGGAGCUUCACACCAUGGCUUCCCAACCUGUCACGGAACAUACCAUCUUGCUGAGACAGUUCUCAGAUCUUAUGGAUAUCCAACUGAAACAGAAGAUUUGUGCCAGUCACGGUACUGUGGUUCCACAGCCCACAUUAGCACCCCCAAUUUCUUGCACCUCGUGCACUGACCCCCAUGUGCUGCAGAAACUGGAGCAAUUAGUACAAGGCCUGGAUCAAGUAAAAUCCAAGCUGGACCUGCUGGCUGCCAAGGUUGGGAAAUGUGGACCUGGCUCCCAUGGUUAACAGAGUUUGCAGGAGGAAGAGAGUGUUGCAGAGAAAUGCAGGACAAACUUAAAGAGUUGUAUUUUUGGAGGGGUUCAGCUUCAAGGAGCCAAACUUCUGAAUUUAAUCUAGAUCCCAAUAUGAUGCUGAAGACCCUUUGAUGGCAAUAAAAUCAUUAGCUCAUCA